AUGCCGAUCUACCCCUCACCCGACUCAGAUGUGGUCCUGGUUGAGACACCAUCGGAACUCGAAAAGCAAAUAGGCGUUUCCCGGCGAGCCGUGACGACGACGUACCUGGACGCACACAGUAGAGUGCAGAGCGUCAUCUCGCGAUGGAUCGGCGUGGAGCAGGCGGUCGAAAGCAGGGUGAAGUCCCUGGUCGCCCCCGACGAACCGCUUACCCCUGGCAUCCUCUACGUCGGCGUCGCCACGCUCACAGGCUCUGUCCUCGCCCGUAACCGCAUCUUCUGGCGGCUUACCCUCCCCCCUACGCUACUCAUCCUCUCCCUCAACCACUUCCUUCCCAAGACAACGCACAACGUGUCGUCCUACCUCGCUGAGCUGGAGGAGAAGCACUUCCCCGCUUUCGCGGAGAAGCACGAGAUCGCGAAGCAACACAGCGCGAUGACGUGGUACCGCGCUAAGGACGCUACGCAGAGCGGUAGGGAGAAGUUCUCGAGCGGAGUCGCGGCCUUGGUGGGCAGAGUAGAAGAGGCGACGGGGCUGAAGCUGCGCGAGACGCUCGGAUGGAGAGACAGGGUCGUCAGUGGUGCUGAAGUGAAGGCGCGUGAGGUGGUAGAGACCGCAAAGGAGUCCGCUGCGACUGUCAAGGGUGUAGUCAACACCAAGGUCGAAGAGGCGAAGGUUGCCGUAGCGCAGAAACCGGAGGAGCCCAGGAGACUAGUAUAA